AUGGAUAACGUCCUCCCUGUGGACUCAGACCUCUUCCCAAACAUGUCCACCAACACCUCGGAGCCCAACCAGUUUGUGCAGCCGGCCUGGCAAAUUGUCCUUUGGGCAGCUGCCUACACAGUCAUUGUGGUGACCUCCGUGGUGGGCAACGUGGUGGUGAUGUGGAUCAUCUUGGCUCACAAGAGAAUGAGGACAGUUACUAACUAUUUCCUGGUGAACCUGGCCUUCGCAGAGGCCUCCAUGGCUGCAUUCAAUACAGUGGUGAACUUCACUUAUGCUGUCCACAACGAGUGGUACUAUGGCCUGUUCUACUGCAAAUUCCACAACUUCUUCCCCAUUGCUGCUGUCUUUGCCAGUAUCUACUCCAUGACAGCUGUGGCCUUCGAUAGGUACAUGGCCAUCAUCCACCCCCUCCAGCCCCGACUGUCGGCCACAGCCACCAAGGUGGUCAUCUGCGUCAUCUGGGUCCUGGCUCUCCUCCUGGCCUUCCCCCAGGGCUACUACUCAACCACGGAGACCAUGCCCAACCGAGUGGUGUGCAUGAUCGAUUGGCCGGAGCAUCCCAACAAGAUUUAUGAGAAAGUGUACCACAUCUGUGUGACUGUGUUGAUCUACUUCCUCCCCCUGCUGGUGAUAGGCUAUGCGUACACUGUAGUGGGUAUCACACUGUGGGCCAGCGAGAUCCCUGGGGACUCCUCUGACCGUUACCACGAGCAAGUCUCUGCCAAGCGCAAGGUGGUUAAGAUGAUGAUUAUUGUUGUAUGCACCUUUGCCAUCUGCUGGCUGCCCUUCCACGUCUUCUUCCUCCUGCCUUACAUCAACCCUGAUCUCUACCUGGAGAAGUUUAUUCAGCAGGUUUACCUGGCCAUCAUGUGGCUGGCCAUGAGCUCUACAAUGUACAACCCCAUCAUCUACUGCUGCCUCAAUGACAGGUUCCGUCUGGGCUUCAAGCAAGCCUUUCGGUGCUGCCCUUUCAUCAGUGCUGGUGACUAUGAGGGGCUCGAAAUGAAAUCCACUAGGUACCUCCAGACGCAGGGCAGUGUGUAUAAAGUCAGCCGCCUGGAGACCACUGUCUCCACAGUGGUGGGGGCCCAUGAGGAAGACCUGGAGGAAGGCCCCAAGGCCAUGCCCUCAUCCCUGGACAAGACCUCCAAUGACUCCCCUCGCAGCGACUCUAAGACCACGACGGAGAACUUCAGCUUCUACUCCAACAUGCUCUCCUAG